AUGAAGAUACGUUGGUCUGUGCGCCUGGCGCUCUACGCCGCCGUCACGAUCUUCGUGAGCGCGUAUUACGACUCGUGGAGCGCGACGACGACCAUGCUCGUCCGCUUCGGCGUGUACCGGGAUUCUUGCCCGCCGAGCGAUGAAGGCGAGCAGGCCCAGGGGCCGGUGCAGUGCGAGGAGCAGCUGAAGAGGUUGAGCGGGUUGCUCAGCGUGUUCCGCAUCUCGGAGUUCGUCACCAGCAUCGGGACUGGAGUUUACAUGGAUCUCCUGGGUCCGAGGAUCUGCAUCAUCACCGCCAUCGUGCUGCGUGUUGCCUCCUGGAUGCUGCUGGCGUACAUGCCGCACUACAACUCGCUCAUGAUCCUGGCGUGCGUGCUGUGCGGCCUUACGGUCAACGCCGUGGCGUUCCCCGUCUACACGGCGGCGCGCUACUGGCCUGCGUACCAGGACAUGGCGAUGUGCAUCAUCUCCGCCUGCCUGUCGAUCGGCUGCUUCUACGUCCCGGUCAUGAACCUCAUCAUGUCGCUGAUGCCCGGAGCGGACCUGCCGACGUUCGUGUACGUGAAGCUGCUCAUCACGCACCUGCCGUGGUUGCUCGUCUCCAUUGUGAUCUUCCCCAACAACGUCGCGCGGGACAUCGCGUCGAACAUGACCCCCGCGAUGGCGGACAAGAACACGGAGAUGGAGGUGAAGGAGGAGACGCCGGACGACUCGGCGUGGAACUUCAAGACCUUCCUGCGCUACAUCGUGCAUCCCGAGAUCCUGGUGCUCAGCGUGGUCUUCGUGCUGAACUGCGUCUCCCUGACCUUCGCCCAGGAGUCGUUCACGCAGAUCUACAUCAACAACCCGGUCGCUGAGAACUUCAACGGCGUCAUGCUGCCGCUCUCGUUUCUCUUCUCGCUCAUGUUCAUGUGGGUGAUCAACAGGUACGGUGUGGUCGUGGUGAUGCUGGGCCUCAACGUCGUCUCCAUGGCGAUGCACGCGUUCCUGCUCAGCAGCGAGACCGUCACCAGCAUCUUCGCGAGCAUUUGCAUCUCGGUGACCUUCAGCGGGUUCAUCACGUUCUUCUUCAUCUGCCUCGAGCACAUCGUGGACAUCAAGUACUCCGGCAGCAUGAAGGGCUACCUCACGACGGUCGCCGGGGUUACGCUGGCCAUUAACCCGCUGAUAAACUACCUGAUCGCGACGUACGGCGGCAUGAACGGGUGGCAGACGGCCUUCAUCGUCAUCAGGACGGCGAUGAUCGCCCCGCUGCUGUGGUUGAUGAGGCGCGAGAGCAUCCGCAGGCGCUCGGGCGCGAUUGCCUCACACACUGAAGGGACCAGCUCUUCGUCGAUGGAGGCAUCGGGCAAGUCUUGUGACAAUGCCAACCCCGAUUCCGUGGCCGAGGAGGACAUUCUGCCCGUCAGCAUCAAGCUGUUGCCGGGGGCUUCUGUCCCGCUCAGUGCCUGA